ACUUCAGGGCUUCCGUACGUACACUAGGGGUUUAUGUGUCUUUCUAUGAUGUAUAACGUGUAUUACUUUCAAUGUUCUGCUUGAAGGUGGAUGUUCUUACAGACUUGGCUACUUUGAAACAGCAAGAAUGGUGCGUGGAUAUGCAGUUUUAUCAGCAAUGUUCGUUAGCUUUAUGUUCCUACAAAAUGAUGCAAAACUUCCAAAGUUUGUGAAUAGGGUAUCGAAGUGCCCAGAGCCAGGUGAUAUCACAAAAUGGGAACGCCGGUCUGAAGAACUAGAAUGUCACCAUCCUCUGCAAGGGGGUUCCAGUCAACAACAAUCUCAUGUCUAUCAUUGUCUUCCAAGCAGUUAUUUGAAUGAAAGUGUGGAAUAUUGUGGAAUUUCAGGCCCAGUAGAUGCUGGUAAUUGUCCGGUGUACAAGUAUGCUAACACUAAUGGUCGGAACAAAGCUGUCAGUUACAGACAAUGCAGACAUUUUACAACAGGAUGUCCAGAUGAGUUCUAUCACUCUAAAGAAGUGUACAAAUAUCCUUCUUGUCUGAAUCUGAAUGAAGUCUCCAAAUGUUAUCUUAACGACAUUGCUUGUCCAACGAAAGACAACGUUUCCAUCCUGGGAGCAAAUGAGUAUCAAAAACGACGUUUUCCACGAAGACCUGGUUCCCAAAACUCCUCUUACAACUUACACACUAGCCAAAUUAUCUAUUGGAAGAUGGUUGGUGGUGUCUUUUCGAUGCGCCAUAAGAUUACAGUUACUAUGUCUUCAACUGAAAAUACAACUACGCUGGUUAUCGAUGCUAGAGACGUGACUGGACCACAUGUGAACAAAUCUGAUUUUGACUCUGACAGCGUCAUAACCUUACUCAUCGUGCUACUGGUCGUGUUGUCUGCAAUUGUAAUAGGUGGAACAGUGGGCUUUUUUCGUAAAAGGGAGAAUGUCACAGGAGCCAUGAGAUUUAUCAGAAGUAAAAUCAGGUGCCUAAGAAAAGUACAAUUGUCUUCCACAGAUCCUAACAGCAGCAUCCCCAUGCUUAAUGCCGGGGGAGAAGGCGACGGUGCUGCUACAUGUACAUGUACGUCCAAUGGAGGAUUGAUACCUGUAUAUAAGGAGAUGAAUGUUCUAAAAGCAGCUCACUUGAAAGAUUUAAUUUAUCGUGUGGCAACUGGAAUUGCUGAUACGAAUAUCAAGAGACUUAUUUUCAAUUUGAAAAAUGAUGUCAUCGGCAAUAGUGACAGGAUGUUGGCGAGGGAACUUGAUGAAAUUACUGAUGGAGAACAAUUACUGCUCUUCAUGCACAGAAUGUUUGAUCUGAAUUUAAAUCUUUGCAUUCUUCAAGGUUACCUUGAAUUGAUAGAUGAACAUAAACUAGCUCAGGAAUGCAAACAUUUUGCCAAAAGAAGCAAAGAACCCUUAUCAUUUUAUAGGAAACAUACCAAUAGAAAAGGUGUAACUACAGUAUAUGUCAAACUUGCCAAGGACAGAAGUGAAUGCACUUUAAAUGAUAUCGAAAAUGUAGCAAGGAAUAUAGCGCAUUUGGUCAACGCAAAACGGAAAGAUGUAAGAAUCCGCGGUAUCUCCGAGGGAUGUGUUCUUCUUCACCUGGACGUGACGAAUCGCUUUAUCUCCACUCUCAAACGAUGUAAUUUCAAUUGCUUGAAGCAAUUCGGUGUAUUUCGCAUCGAAAUAUCGGAUAAAUGCAUAUUUCAUUGCGACAAUCACCAUGAAGACGCAAUGCCCCAGGAUAAAUAUUCUAGCAAAAGAAAACGACAUACUAGAAAAUGGAGAUACACAUCCCCACAACGCCAAAAUACACAACCAAAAAAUGGGGAAAAAAACAGAAGCUGCAAACGUAUGCAUAAUUAAGAAAGGAGUCAUCACGGAUAUUCUUGAAAUAUGCAGGAAAGUGCUUGCUUUUUUUUUUUUUUUUUUAAAUCUGUUUCAUUUUAAAAUUGAACCAUCCGUUUCACAUUUUGAUAAACAAUUAUUGUGAUGUUUUCGAAUACUAUUUUAAAAACUUGAUCUAUACGUUCCAAAGAGAAAAACCCAAUGUAAAUAUUUCAAUUUUUAAAACUCUUUAGAAACGUAUCAAAAUGUAAAGCUCGUGGAAGUCAAUUUCUGUACAGAAAUGAACCCCUCACUGUUGUGGAUGACUUUUCAUAUUUUGGUGUUAUCUUUUCUAGAAAGGGUUUAUUAAAAGCCUGUAAAUUCCGAUUUCUUCAGCAAGCUAGAAAAAUCAUGUUUUAUUUACAGUGUAAUUCAAGAGAACUACUUAUUGAUAUUGACUUGUUAUUGUUUGAUGCAAUCUCACCCAUUUUAUUGUGUUGAUCUGAAGUUUGGGUUUAUGAGAAUAAUGAUUUUAUUAAAUCAUUACAUUUAGAAUUUUGUAAGUAUAUUGUUUAUUAUGAAGGGGUAAAAAGUGCACCUGAAAUUGUAUUGUGAAUGGAAAACUUGUAACAGUAUCAUGCCAAUCUUUAUAAAAGCAGGGAUGAUUGGGUUUUGAGAACGUAAAAUAACAAGCAAACAAGAAACGAAGAUUUUACGGCAUCAUCUGGAUGUUGCUGAUGUUUUUCAUUCUAAAUGGUUGAAUUGUGUUUAAGAUAUUCUAAUUACAACUGAUCUAUCCCACUUAUCGAAAACUGGGACGAAACACGUUACAGAACACUUAAUUGCUUAAUGGAAAAAUCCAACACACAAUUUACCAAAGUGUUUGAAUCAUACAGGUUUUAUCAAAUUUAGUUUUGAGAAGUAUUUCAUAUAUUAAUAAUCUCAUGCAUUCAAUUUGCAAAUAUAGAUAUGGUACUCAUAGAAUCUCCAUUUGUUUAGCAUGGUCCAGGAGUUCAUGCCCUCAAUAUUCUUAAUUUUAUAUCUUUGAUAGGAGUUAUGAGAUUGAUCGCAGUUCUUUAUCUUCACCUUUUUAAUUUUAUAGUCAGAAUAUGUACAUGUAAUUUAGAAGAAAUGGGUGAUGCGUUUCAUUAUUUGUUCAAUUAUGAUUAUUUGAAAAAAGAAAGAUGUAAAUUUUUACCCUAUGCAUUAAUAUUAUUAAUGUUUUUGAUCUUAAGAAUAAUCAGGAUAAACAUGUGUUCAUUGGAUUAAGUAAUUUAUGCAAGGUUGUAAUGCCAUUUUUAUGCAAUGAAAUACAAACCGUACGUGAUCUUCCCUUUUUAUGAUGCCCCCUCUUAUCUUCACUCCAUAUGCUCUUCCAUCUAUAUGAUCUUUCAACACUUGUAAACUCUUGUAUGUAUGUUUUUCUUUUUUACUUGUUUGUUCAACUUAUGGAAAUGUACGUACUCUUAUGCCUUAUGUGAGGCCUUGGUCGAAUGAAAAGUUUAAAAGUUUUUUGUAUACAAAUUAGUGAAAGUUAAAGACGAUUAUUUUCUGAUGAAAAAGAUAUAUGUGUUAUUUGAAGACUAUUUCUCAGAAUGUCGCAAGCGAAUGUCCUAGUGAAUUAGAUUAUUAGUUUAUGAUGUUUGUUUUUAGCGUACAGUGCAUGAUUUCCUUUACCGUAUAUCGAUAUUCACUCUGUUUAUUAUGUUUUCUCGAGUCAUUAUAACAACUGACCGCUAUGCGAUGGUAUCAUAAAUAAUAAUGUGUGGUGUAUCGAUAUCCAAUCAUGUGGCAACGUUGUGGAGGGACGGUUUCCAAACCACCACUACGUAUAUCAUUAUUAUGACGUAUAAAGUUUGUUAUUUUAAGAUUUGAGUAGUAUCAAACAGAUAACGAAAAUGUUUCUUAUAGUUCAAUUUUGUUUUUGAAAAUUACGAAAUUUUUAUCAUAUUAAAAUGCGUUUGUUUGUAAAUCUUUGAAAAAAAUCAUUUUGACUUGUAGAAUUAAUUUCAUAAAGGUCACAAACCCAAUAUCGGAUACCUCAGUCAGACAAGGAUUAAAUCCGUUAGUUUUCAUUAUAGUACACUUUCAAAAUAAAGAAAAAAUGUAGUGAAGAAAUGUCAAUUUUAUGAAGAUGUUUAUCAACAAGAGGUAAAUGAAAUAUACAACAAAUAGAAUAAUAAUCAAUGCCGUAAAUUCAUAUUUGGCAUUAUAUAAUCACAUUUAAGGAUAUAUUUAUGUACGAAGUUCAUAAUUUGCAAGCUAGCUGCUUUAUGCAGUAUUGUAUAAAAAAAUAUCUAAUUCAAUUUGAAAGAAAAACUAACAAACGACAUUUCACGACAUAUAAAUAAUUGAAAAAUUCAACAAAGGAAUUUCAUUUUAAAAUAUAUAUUACUAUACCCCCUCCCCGAUCAACGAGAAGUGAUCAGCACGCAGACUGUAAAAUUCUAAGCUAAUGUUUUGUUUUAAGUAUCAUUCAUUAUUUUACUUUUCAAAUGUAAUUCGACACAGUAACAGUUUAUUCAUACACCCCCAAUCUCUAAAAGUACUUUUAAAAUCAACAUGUGAAAUAAACCACAGCACCUCCUUGCAAUAAGUUGGUAAUUUAUACAUCUAGCAUACAAACUCGCUAAAUUCGCUUUGGGUGUAUAUACUUUGAAAUUUUAUAUAAAUGUACAAAAUCAUGACAUACAUGUAGUUCAUUGAUGACAUGCAUUAUCAUUCUGUGCAUUGCACCAACUUCAAUGUUUCAGCGAGCUCAUGUCCUAUUUUGCAUAUUGCAUGAAAGCCCAAUAUACAGUCCUUAUUCGGAUAAAAGAUAGUGAAAGAAUUGGAUAUCUGUAUUUCUGUAAGACAGCAUGGAAUUGGUGUCCAAUCGCCAUAUUCCGUUGUCAAUGUAUUCUGACAGUUACGCCCAGUUUCGAUAUCGAGCGAUAAUGGUACAUCAUUAUGAUAUCAUUCAAUAUAUUCCAAAACUGCCGUAUGUUUCUUUUUUUCGCUUGUACUCUCGUUUCGAUCUUACAAACUUUAACAUUCCAUCACUAAUCCUUUCUGACAUUCCAUUGGUGUCGUCUGUUGCUAUAGACGCUUGGUUGUGAAAAUGCAAGGUGCGUGUCUCUUAUAUUAUUAUAAUAUUUAUGUCUAGUCGAUAAAUAGCUGUUAAGUUAUGUUGUAUUUAUUAAAUAUUAUUUGAGUUAUUUCAUUGAGUUUGAACCUAUGGAUUUAAUUACUACAGGAAGGAUAAACGUCCGCUUUUACCAUUUUCUAUUUGGGCAGAACUACUUUUCUGGCUAAUCAAUGAUAUUCAUACAAAUAUGAAGGCAGUUUAUUUUUCUCUGUUUUCCUUCCACUUUCAAAAACUAUGCUACAGGUAUAUGAUAGUUUAAUGUACUUGUUUAGUAUCGAAAGGAGAUCUCGUUGGACAUAAAAUUGUUGAGUGGGGUGGAAAACAGCAAACAAUCAAUCGUUGGACAUACUUAAUAUUACACUCAAGGAUAAAACCCAUUUCUUCACUUUAAAAUUUCACUAUAUAUUCAUUACUUUUGUAUUUCAAAAACUUCACCAAAAUUUGAUGAUUAAUAAUAUUAUGCAAUAUGCCAAAUAUAUACAUAAUUUACUCAAGAAUCGUGACAAAUAUUACUUUUAGUAUUUUUCAAAACAUUUUUGUGGGUUGAUUUAUGAAUUACGAGGUAGACGUUUUUAAAACUGCUUUUUAAUAUGAAGUGUGUACCAUUAAGUUCAAAUAAAGUUCUUACAACAUGAU